AUGACCUCCCCCUCGUCUCCGCUCCCGGCUCCUUCUGCACCUUCUGUGCCUUAUGCGCUACACUACUCCAGCACGCCUCAGGACCCCAUUUGUUCCACGCCCUCGUUUCCUUCCUUCUCGACUUCUUCUGUUUGGGGAAAUCCUUUCACCACAGAACACAAGGCGCCGCAGGUGAAGGGAGAUCAUUUGUCGCCUGCCUCGGCUCGCCCUUUUUUAGGGACGGUCCGCAGCAUCAGUCCCGCCCCACAGGACGCCGAGAGGAGCUUGGCAUCCAGAGGGCAUUUCCUUCCAGAGAAAAGACCUGAGCAAAACGGCUGGCAACUUGCUGCGGGCGCCGGACACCAGUCCCGACCCGACGUGGCAUCCCUCACACACGCUCUGUCUGGUUCGCAGACCGAGGAAUCGCCGAGGACUGAGGCGGCUCUGGCAGGCGAAGUUCGGUCUGCAGGUAGCCGUGUGCUGGAACAUGUCGUCGCUUCACCUGUCAAGGAGGCGUCGAUUCGCGUCUCGCAGGAGGCGCCGGACGUCUCUCUAAAGAAGUCGAGAACCCUCGCUGAGCGUUUUUUCCUUAUUUCUUCGCCUCCGAAAGCGCCCAAGGCAGAGACGCGGAGCGCCCAGGAUAACGAGGAGGGGAUCAAAGGAAAAAAGGGGGAAGGCAGGGACGCCUGCGGCUUCGGGGCGCAGCGCGCCCCUGCAGAGGAACGCGGGAGGGACUGGGCGUCCGACGGAGAGACAAUCGCGGAAAGAGAAGAAGGACUCGACCUGACUGGCGGUGACGACCAUGUCGGAACCUCAAGCCAGCAGGUGAAGCAGUCGUCGUUUGGGGAAGAACCGAGUGACCCCGCAACCUCCUGGGAGCGAGGCGAGUCCGCUGCUAGUCUUGAAUCGCUUUUCCGAGGCAGAAGUCUGCAACAAAAGAAGAAACGGUGGUGGGCAGGUCUCGCGUCCAGCCUCGGGCGUCGGAGCCGAUCGGUGGAAUGCGGGAGAAGAGGAGGCGACGCGGCGGAGGGACGGGGCGCGGAAGAAAGCGAAAAGGGUAGACUCCCACAGGACACCCCCGGCAGUCGGUCGGGUCCUCAGUCCGCCGCCGAGCUCAGGAAAGAGACACGGGAAGGCAGAGGAGUCCGAGACGAACCAGGGGAAAACGAGAGUGACUUGUGGCGGCGUCCUGCCUCGCCAGAGGAAGACGUGGCGCGCAAGGAACGACGGCGAGAGAAGAGAGAGAGAGAAACGCUGGACGAAAGCUCUUCCGGAUUCCUGCCGAUGACUGAACUUCUGAAGGGUCAAGGCGAAGGGCGAGCAGGAAGAACAAGCGACAGCUCGUUCGUUUCCUCCCGGGCCAGCACAAAGAAAAGUGUGACGACGAAGCUGAGCAGGAGUUUGUCACGACUCUUUGGAGGCAAGAAGAAGAAAACGAAAGGCAAAGAACGCGCGGGGGAACAGGCAGACGGGACAAGCGAAGGCCGACGUCACAGUGCAGACGGCGGACCGCGUCAGGCGCACGGCCGCCGCGACUCGAGCACUUCGGUUUCUUCUUUGUCUUCGCGCUCCGGUCCUUCGACGGACCUUUCUCGCUCUUCUUCUCCAUGUUCUCCCUGUUUCUCUGCGUCGCAGUGGGAAGAAGCGUUCUCGUCGCUGCCGCCGAUUCCUCCAAGCGUCGCCGCUCUCUCCGACACUUGCCAAGAUCUGCUUCUCGAUCAACUCAAGGUUCUGGAGCGAGGGGUCCAGCAGCUGUUGGCGGGGCAGGGGAGCGAUGUUGUUCUCGCAUGCAUAGCCGACGAACCGCGGAUUUCAGAAGUGAUGAAACCGAACCAACCAAGUGGAUCUGCAUACAGGUCGCAGCUACUCGUCGACGAGAAGGGACAUGACGAAGGUGGAGACCUGAGCAGACAGGGGGCUGUUGAGGGCGCCUGCACAGGAGAAAGGAGAGAAGGAAACUCGAGAGGCGGAGGCGAACUGGGAGAAGGGGAAGCAUCAUUGUUCUUCUCUCCGGAACGAGCUCAAAAAGUCUGCAGGCGCAGCCAAAUCCCGAGAGCAGUUGGGCGGCUCAGAGAAGAACUCACCGCGGAACACACGGCUUCCAUCCAGCUUUUGACCGACGAAAGGAACCGCCUCGUGCUCAACAAGCUGCUUGUCGGGAUUCACGAGGUCCGGGGGCUCGUUCGAACGUUCACGGAUGUCUCUCGCGAUGCACAGGGCGAGGCAGCAGAAAUUUUGGCAGAUGCAGCGCAACUUCGGGCGUGGAGCGCCAAACACGGCGAACUCGCAGAAGGACGAGAUCUCGUUGAGCACUACCACAGACAGGUGGCCGAGUCUGCGAAUGGCGUCAUCCGGGAAUACCACCGCAGGUGCAUCCAGUUGAAUUCAGAUAUUCAGCUGAUGCGUGACCAGAUAAGUCAGGUUGUUCACGCCGCCUUUUUGGAGGCUUCGCGUUUGCCUCCUCUCCACAGCCUGUACGCUUCUUCGUCGGAACGCAACUGCGUUGACGCGUUCCUUUCUUCCUGUCCAUAUAGCGGAGAUCCUCGCAUCUUCAUGGUCUCGCCGCCGUUCCUUUCUCGCCUCCAGCUGUACGCGCUUUCGCACCUGCCGCCUUCUCGGUCUGCGCAUGCGCCGGACAGUCCCGCGGAGUCGCCGACAGGCGCGGUGGCCUCGAGUACAGCUUCGUCCCUUCACGUUGGGCGCCAUGCCGUCGUCGUGCCGGUCUCGUCUUCAGCUCUUUUUCAGCCAGGGCGGUGCGUUCAGAGUGUUCCGCCGGGUCUGCUUCUCCGAAGUUCGAAGGAGGACUUGGCUGCCUUGGAGCAUCGCCUGGAAGGGAAGUGGGGUAGCUUCAAUCUCUUCGAGGCCUGGCAGAACGACGCAAUGAAGUGGCAGUGGCGCGAUGCGAUGAUGCAGAGGAACUUUGCCACUCGAGAGGAAGAAAUUGAGCGGUGGCGUCGCGACUCAGAGGCGAGGGUGCUCGCGGCCGUGGACCUCCGACUUCAAGAACUGUGGGCGGGGCGCAUGCAGGAGCUGCGGCGCGUCGCAGGGGAGAACCUGGAGGACAGUUUCGUUUCCCUGCUCGUCGACAGAGUUCCGUCUGUCGCAGACGUCGUUCAGCGCGUGCAGCAGAAGCGCCGCGCGACAGGUUCGGCGUCGCUCUCCUCGGCCUCGUCGCUCUCCUGCUUCCACUUCGCGUCGGCCCUUGCCGCAGGCGUGAGCAACGAAGAAGUGGAGGCGGCUUUCCUAGCCGCAGAGGACAUGCGGUCGCGGCUCGUCGAGGUCGCGUCGUCAGAGGUGUUCCGGCAGCUGCUGCAUGCGCAGCAAAUUGUUGCGGACUACCGGGAAGGCAAGAGCCGUGAAAAGCUGCUCGGCGUCCUGGAAGAAACUGUGGGGAAGCAAAUGAGAGAGAUUUGCCACCUCCGAACUCGGCUCGAAGAGGAAAGCGACCUCGCCUGCCAGCCGGACCGCAUUCGUGACGAGUGUCAGAAAACAGAGGCGGCAAUUACCAUGCUGGAAGAAGAACUCAUUGCGAUGCAGGAAAAACGAACGCUGCGGCAACAGCGGCUCUUGGACCUGCGCGACUCCGCCCAGACGAAGCUUCAGCGCGUCACGGCCUUAUUCGACGACGACCAGGCGCUGUGCCGCAGCCUGGAAGAGCAGUGCGCAGGCGAGCGCAGGCGCGGAGAGAGGGUGGAGAGGCUCUGGCAAGAAAUCGGGAUCGAGAAGCUCGAGGAAAUGAAGCAGGAGCUCGCGAGACUCAAAGGCGAGAAUGUCGCCUUGCAGGCGGAUCUCGAAGUCGCGCGCUUCGAACUCGAUGUGAAGAGGAAAAAGGAGGAACUGAAGCGUGAGGAAGCUCAGCGACGCCAAGCAGAAGCUGCGCGGAAGCAGCAGGAAAUGAGGGAGAAGAAGGGAGAGCGUGAACGGAAGAAACGGGCACUGAAGGAGCGUGACGUAGCCGAAAGGGAUGACGCAGCUGAGACCCAGAGCCAGCGGAAAAGCCCCCUGGACUCCUCAGGCCUGAUUGUCCGCUGGCACAAGGCGACGAGCUCCCCUCUUCCGACAGGGCCUGGCAGCCAGGCAGGCAACGAAGGCGAAAAGAAGCACGAGCGCGAAGCAUACGGAGUAGAAGAGUGGGAAGCUGACAGGGCAUCGGAUUCUCAAGGGAUGCCCUUCUCGCGGGCCUCUACAAGCAAGCGAGUGGGCCAUUUCAGUUCGCUUUUCAAGUGGCCUUCGAGCAAGCGAAGCAGCAGUACGCCGGCAGAGCUCAGAACACGAGAAGGUGAAAGCGGCUGCGAGGACGCGGAGUCGCCGAACGGCGAAGGCCCUCAUCUCAGGGCCACAGCGAUCCAGGCGGCUUCUCAACGCCCUGUAGAUUCUGGAGUCGGCGAAGCUCACAAAACUUCGCGCGCAGCCCCUGAGGUCGACGGUCUCAAGUCUCUGUCUUCUUCGGCUGGGAAAAAUGCGGAGGGCCCAGCGGAAGGUGGGGAAGCUUCGGGGCGUGGCGGACUUGUGUGUGCGGAUUCUUUUUCUCGGGGGAUAGUCGCAGGUGAGCAGACGCGAGAGAGUCGAGAAAAUUCAGGAUACGAAGCCAAGACAGGAACAGCGGAACUGCUAUCUCCCUCCCCCAACUCGGUCUUAAUCAGGGGCUCCUCGGCACCACCGCCUGGUCAGGACCCGCGCGAAUCUCGGAGAGAGCGGGACAGCGGCCUGUCGGGUACGAGAGGGACAGACCACGUACGCGACGUGCAGCCGUCGUCCCCGCCUCCAGAGAAGGCUCCUGGCAAGUCCGCUCUCCGCCGCUUCUUCUCAGGGUCGCCCGAGUGGGCGGCCGGUUUACGUCGUAGGCCUUCGUCCAAAAAACAAGACGAAGGCGACGAAGUGUCCGCCGACCGAAGUGGACAAAAGGCAGGCUGCGCUGCGGCGGCGCAGCAGGCGGUGACUGAGGAUCUAUCUGGGGGCGGUGGACGUGGAACGGCCCUGACCACGGCGCAUACGCAGGGAGACCCUGGGCGAGGAGACCAGCCAACGCGAGCAAGCAGCCUCUUUUUUCGGCCUGAGAGCUGGAGCGAGACAAAAACACGCAGGGACGAAUGUGCACGAGGGCGGGUGUCUCCGCCCCGCCAUCGAUCCGGGGAGCAGUCGCAGAGCUGUUUCUCGACUCCGGACGCCUUAGACGUCGUGCGACAUGCAGAGGUACAGGCUAAGUUUGCGCGGGGGCAGGAAGCUCGAAGAAAGGAAGAGCGGGCCCGGGAACUGCUGGGGAUGCGAAGCUCGGCCGCUUCCCGUGGGGACUCAACGAAGGAGCUCAGCAGAGACAGCAGCGGAAACCAAGAUGUCGAGCACCGAAGACAGAGGAAUGAGUUACCACGAGAGGGUUGUGUUGGCUGGGGGCAGAGAACAGUUGGCAAAGAAGAGCCUUUCUCGCAAGACGACGAAACGAUAUCGGGAGGGAUGUCCCAUCCCGAAGGCGCGGAGCGGGGAGCGUAUCCUUCCGAUGGCCCACACAGUGGCGAUACUUCCCUCUCUCUUCACGCGGACAGAGACAGCGAAGUGCAGCGCAGGACGCCCAGUAAAGAAGAGCAGUCAAAGGCAAACGUUUUGUCUCCCUCGUCGCCCUUGUGGCAAAAACACGCAGCGUUGUGCAGUGCUCUGGGGAGGCUCGAACGGACUGAAACCUCUUCAGCGCGGGGCAGGUCGCCGAAAGCAGGCGGCCUGGAUCAAAAAAGUGAGUCUGAUAUGGACGUUCUCGAAGAGGAAACGACCCAGAAAGAGACAGAAAAUGUGGGCUCUGGGUCUUCCGAAGCGAGACCCACUUCGGAAUGCCGUGACAGCGGGGAGGCACAGGCCAGAGAAGGAAAUUCGAGCGUUGAAAGCGAAGCGUCCCACACCUUCCUGCCGUUCGUCUCUUCUUCUUCUCGCACUAGCCCAGAAGAAGGAUUGCAGCUUUUUUUUUGCCAGUGUAGGUCCUCUGACAGAGAUCAACAGUCCUCUGAUUCACGGAAGCGACGGGCUUGGGAGGUUGAAGACACAGCCACUCCACGUGCUUUGCAAGAGGCCCGCGAAGGCAGUAGGGUCCUCGAGGAACGUGCAAAAGACGGAAAUGGAAAUGUCCCUCCUCUUGACUUGAGGGGCGGCAACGCGGGUGGCACCACAGAACGGCGCAGCACUUUUGUUUCGUUGGAAGGGAUUGGAUUGAGCCGAGGAAGUGAGCACGGCAAGCAGAACAGAGGAGAAAGUGUGGAGAGGCUCCCAACGACGGGGUUUCCCGGGUCGGAUGGUCCAGCACCUACAUGUGGUAUCAAAGGUGACGCUAGAGCCGGACACACGGACAACUUCUCCCUUCCCUCUGGGUCAUCUCUUCAUCUGGUCGGUCCCGACGGUUUGUGCUUGUUUGGACGUUCUUCGUCGUCCGUCGUAUCUGCUUGGGAGAACCGCGGAGCGAAGCGAGACAGUGGGGAUCGGGGGAAUUCGUUUUCUGGUGCCGAAGCUGCCUCUCGUCCUUCUUGGGAAGCAAAGGAACAAGGAAAAGGCCUCACUUCUGAGUCGCUGGUGGUGGGGGAAAGGCAGAUUCCAGGUCUCCCCACCGUGGCCCAAUUUUCCAACAGCGGCAACGCACAUGAUGCACCGUCUGAUUCGAAUGUAUCGGGCUCUGCUCGUCGUUCGGCCUCAGCUCAAACUGUGGCCAAGCGCAGUCCUCGACCCACUACCUCCACAGACUCCGAACGUCAAUUUGACUGUCUAGGAUCCAUUAUCGAGGCGGGCCUCGACUCUGGUGGCGGGCACAGUGAAUCCUCGGUGCCUGAGGACAUCGGGAAUGUUACAACGCAUCGAGAAAAGGCAACAGGGGAGACUGUUCCGCAGGCCUCCUCGCUCCAGACAACGGGGUUUCCUUCGUGGUCUGAAAUUCCGGGUGGUCCUCCUGUUGCGUCCUGCUCCUCUCUUCGCAGGACUGCGGGAGACAACGUUCCUGGGGGGCUUCCGGGAGAAGAGCAGCUUUCUGACGAGAAACGAUCUUCCUUCGUUUCAUCCGCGCCUGCCGGCGUGUCGCUGUCGUUGUUGGGUUCGUUUGGAGAAGGGGACGGCGCACAAGGACAAGGAAACACAGCAGGAGAGGGAAGAAGGGAGCAUGAACCAUGCGGAGGCCUUCCUCGACCGCGUGGGGGUCCAGAGGCGCUUUCAUGCGACGCGCCGAAAGCGAUAUUUUUCUCCCUUUCUGCUACUGAGUCCAGGGUAGGAGAACAGAACGGGGAGACAAAACAGAAAGAGCAAGUCGGCCCGUCGUCUUCCGUGUCUGCUCACCACACUGUCGAUGCUGGUGAGGAAGAGAAAGCGGCCGACCCGGAGGACCUGGCAGGAGGGAAUCAACAUCUCAUUGCUGGGAGUGUAAGGAUCGCUGGUGGUUGUCUCCGACCCCGCCCUUUUCCGGCUGACAAGCUUCGCUUCGGAGAACUUGACGAAAAAGGUGAAGACAAGGAUCGAAAACCGGAGACCUCUCCACCUCGAGCUGGCGGCGGCAACGAGGGGAAAGGCUCGUUUCCACCGUUCCGGUCUUCCCUCUCUAGGAGCUUUUCCUGCGACUCAUCCCUUUUUUCUGUUCCUCUCACUGACGAGCGUUCUUCCGCUUCCCGUUCGCCUCCUGCCUCUUCUCCGGGGUUUGAACGAGAUGGCUAUACUGCAGUCCACACUCCAGAGACAGAGGAAGACCAGCAGGCCUCUCCACCUCCCAAUCAGACGACACUUCGUGAGUCUGUGACGGUGGAACCUGGUGAAGAUGACCCGAUGUCAUUUCUCCUUCCUUCGCCAAGAGCCGCCUUGGAACCAGUUGGUUGUUCUCCAUCCUCCUCUGAGCGCGAAGCAGAGGUCCGCGAGCGAGGAAGCGAUGGCGCUGGGAAAGACUCGAAGCGACGGAGACGAACAGAGUUUCCCUUCUCGGCGUCUGCACCUUUCUCGUUCAGACGUAGCCUAGACGAAGGCAAGGCGCUUUUCCGCGGUUCGACCUUUUUCGGCAGAAAAGGGGGAGGCAGAGAAGAGAAGGAGGCUACAGCGGGGCUCCUCCCGCGUGCUGGGAGUCUUGACUUUAGCAUCCUGUCUCGCAGGGGCAACAAAAAGGUCUGUUCCUUCGGGAUCCUAGGGUCAGUGGCCUUGGAUACAUGGCGCGACGAAGAGGGUGGGCUAGUCACUGAAUACUCGCCGAUCGAGACUUUCCGCUUCAACCUGACCCAGACUUCGCACGAGACGGGCCAGGUAGAUGUUCGGAACGCCGUGCUCAACAGCCCUGUCUUUGCGCUCUUCGACGUAGAUGAGAAACGGCAAAUUCUCGAACUGCUCAUCUCCAGCAUAACCCAUGUGACCGAGGAGUGCACGAUUUUCCACAGAGGUGAAAAAGUAGAUGUCCUCUACUUCGUUGAAAGGGGAGAACUCGAGAUGGCCGCAGUUGGCCCAGAUCCAGAAAAUCACGCGGAAGAGGCAAACCUAGGAGAAAGAGAAGAAAGUGCCGUCGGAAGCGCGCCAGACUCCCAAGAGGCCGAACUCGGCAACCAUCGGCACUCUGCAAUGGCCUUCAGCGUCCUCCAAAUCCCUUCUGGCGCGUUUGUGCUUCCUCGGGCGUUCCUCAGGGCAGGAUGCACGGCGUACAGAGUCAGAGCCGUCAAGCCUUCAUCCCUGUACAAGUUAACGGCGCAAUCUUUCCAAACAGUCGCAAAUGGUGCGGUCCUCCGACGUGCCUCGGAUUUGCUUGCCUACAUGUUGCGGUGCCCUAUCCUGGAAGCCCUGACAAAACGCGAGGCGAGUCAGCUAAUUCCCCUGAUGCGGUGGCAGCAGUUCCUUCCCAACGAGAUCAUUCUGCACCAGGAACAAAUUAGUCGGACCAUGUUGAUCGUUAUGAAAGGAAAGGCCCGCGGCGUGCGGCGUCUUUCGAGGCACGGCCGACCAGAGACUCUCGAAUACUACGAAGAGGGCUCGUGCAUCAAUUAUCUCUGUCUCCUUCAAGAGCUCCCCAACUCGACUUCUGUUAUCGCGGAGCAACCAGAAGGUUGCAUCGUGGCAUCUCUGUCCGCAUCGGAUUUUGUGGGCCUCAUGGGCAGCGCAGAACGCCUUCUUGAUCGAGGCCAAGAAACGGCUGACGGCGGAAAAGGCUUUUCAGGCCGAAUCGAUCUCGGAGAAGUAAAGAAAACCUGGCACAAGGUUCUCAAGAUGGCUGGGCCGCGGUAGUCGACCCGCGGAACACCUAAGGGGAUGGGGGGCCCGACUCUGAAAAGACCAGGCUUCCAGUGAAAGAACAGAGGCGGUACGGAAAGCGAUAGGCAGUGGCCGG